UGAUAUGAUUUUGUCCACAUUUCAGUAGUUUUUGAGCUGAAAUCAACGUAGACAACCUGAUUUACAUUCAAUUUUGCGCAACCUUUAGCCCCUGGCUAUUUAGCGACUUGAAAUUAUUGUACUUUUCUUGAUCUUGUUUUCAACUCCAUCAUUGUGCAAAUCCGAAGGAAUAUCUUGUUUAAUUUUUUAUAUAUUUCCCUGGCAAGAUUGGUUUAAGAUAUCUUUCAAGCUUCUGGAGGUUUUGAUACUACAUGCUUUACUCUUGAUGUUAGAGUCGACAAAAUUUUCAGAUUCCUGACAAUUUAUUUCUCGCUUUGAGCCAUUUAGUAGCAUUCAACAUCUAGGAAUUUAAUCCCACUUUCUCAAGGAUUCUUGUGUGAGGCCCUAUUUUUUCACCUUGUUUUCAAUUUCAAGCAGCACUAUGAUUUCUGGAAUUGAAUUUUUUUUUUUUUUGCUGCUCUUCCUAUGUAUUUUGCUUCUGUUAAAGUUUUGUGAGUUGUACGCAGCGGAAUGUAUUUAGAAAAGUUUUAGUUUUUGUAAAACAGAUAUGUGUCGUUACCAACUUUACUUAUUUUAGUAAUUAAACAGUUAAUCACAUGCAGAUAAAAUAAAGCAAAGUAUAAAGUUAGAGAUGACAUCAGGAUUUUUGCAAGGAAACCCCAGUUGAUCGGCUAUUUUCUGCACCGGGUGAUGGUCGCUCGGUGCUGGUUUGCAGAUCUUGUUGGGAAAAUUUGGAGGGCGAUGGUCGCCAUGAAGUCGGGCGAUCAAUCGCCUGGCGCUGCUAUUGUGCCGUUGGAAAUAAUCACUGGGCGAUAGUCGCCCCAAGGUCGAGCGAUGGUCGCCCGGUGCUGCUGCUCUGCCAUCGCGGGUCGCCAUGUGGCAAUCGUCACCUCUUAGCCGGGCGAUCAUUCGCCCGGGCCUGCUAUUUGCUCCGAUAAAUUUUUUUUUUUUAAGAAGGCAAACUUCAAACGGCCAUAACUUUGGCAUCGGUAGUCCGUUUUGGACGAAUUUUUUUUUUUCAUUUUGGGUAUUUUUUCAAGAUUUACGCGGUGCAAACUGUCGUAGGCGGUUUGGUUGACGUUUUGACCUAAUGCUUUGUUAUGCUCCAAUCAACUUUUUUUUCUUUAUAUGCCAUGGAAUUUUAUUUUUUUCUUCAAAACAAGCACAUCUUGUAUUCUGCUCAAGUAACUAAAAAUCCUACGAAAUACAUUAAAUCUUCCUAAUUUACAAAAACAAAAGAUAAAAUUAAAGAGAAAAAGAGAACAAAAAAAACAUAAAUGAAAAAUCUUAUCUACAAUUCCUACAUUUAACGUCGGUAGGUGACGUGAUACAUGGAUGAUUAGGUGGAGUAAAUGGGAUCCGUCAAAGUGACGAUUCAACUCCUUCUGAAGGCACAAAAUCUUCAAUGUACAACUUCAAUCUCUGACCAUUUACUUGUAGUGUCUUACCUUUCUUUGGGUCAAAAAUGGUGAUAGACCCGUGAGGGGUUACCGUUUAAACUUGAUAUGGACCAUCCCAUCUUGAGUGCAAUUUCCCUGGAAAUAGCUUCAGCUUGGAGUUGAACAACCAGACUUUGUUACCUAGUUUGAAAGAUUUUUUUCACAAUGUGCUUAUCAUGAAACGCCUUGGUUCUAGCUUUGUAAAUUCUUGCGCUUUCAUAAGCAUUAUUGCGAAGUUCUUCUAAUUCACUUAGCUGCAACUUCCUCCUGGCCCCAGCUUGACUCAUGUUGAAGUUCAAUUUUUUUACAGCCCAAAAAGUUUUAUACUCCAAUUCCACAGGUAAAUGACAUGCUUUCCCAAAGACUAAGCGAUAUGGCGACAUCCCAAUUGGUGUCUUGAAUGCAGUACGAUACGCGCAUAAAGCAUCAUUGAGACGUAAUGACCAAUCUUUUCUAUCCAGUCGAACCGUCUUCUCAAGGAUAUAUUUGAUCUCGCGAUUUGAAAUCUCUACUUGACCGCUUUUCUGAGGGUGGUAAGAAGUAGCUACCUUGUAAGAGAUGGAAUAUUUCUGAAAUAAGGCUAGAAGAAAGCGAUUACAAAAUUGCUUUCCACAAUCACUGAUUGCUGCCCUUGGCAUUCCGAACCGACUGAAAAUAUUGCUUUGAAGAAAUUCAACUACCACCUUGUGAUCAUUAGUUAGUGUUGCUACUGCUUCUACCCACUUGGAGACGUAAUCAACCCCUACCAAAAUAUACUCCUUGCCAUAUGACAUCGGGACCCAUGAAAUCAAUGCCCCAUACAUAAAAAAUUUCAAUAACUAGAAUUGGGGAGAGAGGCAUCACAUCUGUUUUUGUAAUGGUGCCCAACCGUUGACAUCGAUCACAAGCCUUAGCAAACUUGUGAGCGUCUUUGAACAAGGAAGGCCAAAUUAGCCCACUCUGAAGGACCUUUGCUGCCAUCUUCUUUCCACUGAAAUGGCCACCGCAUGCAAGUGUGUGACAAAAUUUCAGAACGCUUGGAAUUUCAUUAUCUAGCACACAGUGGCGAAUAAUUUGGUCCGAGCAGUACUUAUAUAAUUGUGGAUCUUCCCAAUGAUAAAAUUUCAUUUGAGAAAAGAACCUGUCUUUAUCAUGUUUUGUCCAAUUAGACGGAAUUCUUGUAGACGCCUUCUAGUUCACAAUAUCAGCAUACCAUGGUGGAUUCUCCUUCUGAAGUUGAAAUAACUGCUCCUCUGGGAAUGAAUCAUGCAAUAGAAGAGUGCAAGAUGAAUCUACCAAAAUUCUAGAUAAGUGGUCUGCCACCACAUUUUCUGAACCCUUCCUGUCUUUGAUUUCUAGGUCGAAUUCUUGUAGCAAUAGAAUCCACCUAAUCAACCUUGGCUUGGUGUCCUUUUUGUUGAGCAAAUGUCGAAGAGCUGCAUGAUCAGAAAACACAAUAACUUUGGAACCCAACAAAUAAGAGCGAAACUUGUCCAACGCAAAGACCACUGCCAAUAAUUCCUUUUCAGUAGUUGUAUAGUUUAAUUGUGCCUCUGUUAAGAUCUUGCUUGCAUAGUAAAUUACUCUUGGCAAUUUCUCCAUUCUUUGACCCAAGAUCGCGCCAACUGCAUAGUCUGAUGCGUCGCACAUAAUCUCAAAAGGAAAAGACCAAUCUGGAGCCUGCAUAAUGGGUGCAGAGGACAGUAAAGAGCGAAGUUGCUCAAAUGCCUUUAGACACUUUUCAUUAAAAUGAAAAGGAACAUCGUUGCCCAAUAAAUUGCAUAAGGGCCUUGCGAGUUUACUGAAGUCUUUAAUAAAACGUCUGUAAAAUCCUGCAUGGCCAAGGAAUGAUCGCACUUGUCUCACCGAUGAUGGGGGAGGAAGAUUAGAGAUAAGAUCGACCUUAGCCUUGUCUACUUCAAUUCCUCUCUUGGAUAUUAUAUGGCCAAGGACAAUUCCUUCUUGCACCAUAAAGUGACUUUUCUCCCAACUUAAGAUUAGAUUCUUCUCUUUACAUCAUUGAAGAACAAGCACUAAAUUCCCCAGGCAAUUAUCGAAUGAAGACCCGAACACCGAGAAGUCAUCCAUGAAGACUUCUAGAAAGUUCUCAAUCAUAUCAGAAAAAAUAGCCAUCAUGCAUCUCUGAAAAGUGGCUGGUGCAUUACAGAGUUCGAAAGGCAUACGGCGGUAGGCAAAAGUACCAUAUGGACAGGUGAAAGUUGUCUUUUCCUGAUCGUCGGGGUGAAUAGCAACUUGAUUGUGUCCAGAAUACCCAUCCAAGAAGCAAUAAAAACUCUUCCCUGCUAGUUUCUCCAAUAUUUGAUCAAUAAAGGGGAGAGGAAAGUGAUCCUUCCGUGUCUUGGAAUUCAAUUUGCAGUAAUCUAUGCACACUCGCCAUCCUGUAGUAGUGCGUUGGGGAAGUAAAGUACCUUCAGAAUUUUUCACCACAGUGAUCCCAGAUUUCUUUGGAACCACUUGCAUCAGGCUUACCCACUGACUGUCUGAAAUUGGGUAAAUAAUGCCUGCAUCAAGUAGCUUGACUACUUCCUUUUUCACCACCUCUUUCAUAUUUGGAUUUAACUGCCUCUGUGCUUCUCGCGAAGGUUUGGAAUCAUUUUCUAAGAAAAUCCGAUGCAUACAUACCGAGGGAUCAAUCCUUUUGAGAUCAACCACACUCUAGCGAAUAGUUUCUCGAUGGGUGGCUAGUACUUCUAAUAAUUUCUCCUCUUGUACGUCUGAUAGCUCUGUCGAAAUAAUUACUGGAAGAGUACUUUCUGGCCCAAGAAAUGUAUAUUUCAGAUAAGAGGGCAACUACUUCAGCUCUUAGCUUUGGUGUAGACUCCAAAGAUGGUAUUGGUGGUUUACUUGACAAUUGUGGAAGUGGCUCAAUAGGAAUCUUCCAUGGUGGAAUGUUGUGCAUACUCGCCACAUCAAGCAGGGCAUUCACCUCUUCAAUACUUUUCUCAACAUCAAAUAACUCAGCAUCAAAGUAAGAUAGACAUGCUUCUAGUGGAUCUUUUGUCAAGGCAAAUGGGGUCAUCUCUUCAACGCAUUCAUCGAUGGCAUCGACCAGAAAACAAUCAUUAUUAUCUGAAGGGCAUUGAUUGGCAUUGAAAAUAUUUAAGCGCACCUUCAUAUUGCCAAAAGAUACGUCCAUGACGCCAGUUCUACAAUUUAUGCUCGCAUUUGCUGUCGCAAGGAAAGGAUGACCAAGGAUCACUUGAAUGUGCCUCCUUGGCUCCAGAACUGGCUCAGUAUCGAGCACAAUAAAGUUCACUGGGAAGUAGAAUUUAUCUACUUUGAUGAUCACAUCUUCGAUAACACCACGAGGCUGUUUGGUUGACCUAUCUGCCAAUUGGAGAAUAAUGGAGGUAGACUUUAAUUCUCCUAAUCCGAGUUGCAAGUAAACCGAAUAAGGAAGAAGGUUUACGCUUGCACCCAAAUCUAAAAGAGCUCGCUCUACUUGAUGAUUCCCUAUUGUGCAUGAAAUUGUUGGAGCACCUGGAUCUUUGAAUUUUGGAGCAGUGCAGUGCUGGAUUAUGGAACUGACUUGCUCAGUUAAUAGCACCUUCUUAGGAACAUGGCUACUUGAACGCCUCUUCUGAGUACACAUAUCUUUCAGAAAUUUAGCGUAAGCUGGGAUUUGUUGAAUUGCAUCAAGCAAUGGGAGAUUAAUCUUCACCUGUUUGAACAUCUCCAUUAUGUCCUGAAGUUUGCUUGCUUGCUUCGCUGCUUUUGAUUUCUUGUAGUCUCUGAGGGAAUGGCACAACUGCAUGCCUUUGUUCUGGAGAUGGCUCAAUAGUUGGAGGUACUUGUGCUUUUUCAUUACGCUCAUUUUUCUCUUCAAGUUUUUUCUUCCAAUUUUCAUCCUUCUUUGCUUCCUCUUCUUCCACCUUGUUUUCAACUCUCUUACCACUUCUCAGAGUAAUAAUUGCUUGCACUUGUUCAUGGUGGACUUUUUGGCCAGUAAUGUCAUCAAUUAUACGCACACCUCUUGGAUUAGCUACUGGUUGACUAGGAAGCUUGCCAUCUUCUCUUCUAUUCAAGGCUUGAGCUAGUUGACCAACUUGAGUCUCUAACUUGGCAAGGGAUUGAGAAUGAGAUUGCAGAAGUUAAUUAGUUGGCUCUAAUUGCUUUGCCAUCAUUGCCUCAAGCAUUGAUAAGAAUUGUUGAGGUUGACUGAAGGCAUUCAUAAGAGUGAACCCUUGAGGAUUUGAAGUCUAAACUGGAGAUUGAAAAUUGCCUUGCACCUGAGGUACUUGAGGUGGAGGAACUGAUGUCCCUGUGGCUUGAUUUCUCCAUGAGAAGUUUGGAUGGUUUCUCCAAGCCAGAUUGUAAGUGUUUGAAUACAUAUUAUUCCCUCAGGUCCUUCCAUAGGUAGGAUUGCUCUUAUGGAAUUUCUGAAUUUUGAGCUGCACUUGGACAAAUGGACACAUGGUGAGUUGGACUGGAAUAUAAAGAGCACACUUCAAAGCCUUGAGCAUUAGUCGAAGGAGGAGUAAAAUUUGACUGUGAAGUCAUCAAUUGAUCCAUCCUCUUGGUUAAUGCCUUAAUUUGGCUCACUUGCCCUUGAAUUAUUCCUGCUUCAUUUACACUUUCUGCUCUCCUCAAUAUAGUAUGAGGUCUUGCUACUGGUGGUAAGACAUGUUGUGUAGAAUUAUUAGAUAUAUUUUCGAAAAGUUGCCAUGCUUCCUCUACAUUCUUCAACAUAAAAUUUCCACCACAAGAGGCAUCCACCAUAUACCUUUGUGCCUCAUUGAGCCCCUUAUGAAAGAAGUUGACAAGCUGCCAUUUUGGCAUGUCAUGAUGUGGACACUUCCGGAGGAGGUCUCUGAAUCUUUCCCAAGCCUCAUGAAAAGGCUGGUCAGGCCCUUGAGAAAAACGAGUAAUAGCAUCUCAAUAUUGAGUAGUUCUCACCAUGGGGAAGUACUUGUUCAAAAACUUCUGUUGCAAUGCAGCCCUUGUAGUAAUGGAGUCUGCUGGCAAUGAAUUAAACCAGUCCUUUGCCUUGUUCAUCAAUGAAAAGGAGAAAAGGUGCAGCUUGAGCACAUCAUCGUUAAAGCUUUGGAUCUUUAUUGUUCUGCACACCUUUGCAAAGUCAUCCAAGUGCCAGUAUGGAUCCUCUUUUGAUAGGCCGUAAAAAGAAGGCAGUAACUGAAGAGUACUGGCCUUAAUUUCGUAGUGAGGGGUCCUCACUUGAGGAUACUGAACUUUACAUGAAGAGUUGUAUGCACCUGGUUCGUAGUGAUCCUUUAAACAGCGAACUGCUUCUGCAGCUGGUGGAUCAUCCGCCAUCUUUUCUUUUUUAAGGCCUCCAAAAUUUUUCUUCAAGUUUCUGAGAGUCCUUUUGAUUUCUAGGUUUAACGGAAGCUGAGGGAGUGACAAAGAACGUCUUUCAAGCAUAUAAUGUCACUUACAUUAAUUAAAAGAAAACAGUAUUAAAAUAAAGAAAUAAAUAAAAUUAAAUAAAAUUAAAAUCCUAAACUAAGAUUCUAGUUGAAAUUAAUUGUAGAAUUUAAUAUUAUUUGUCAAGAACUAAAACAAAUCCCCGGCAACGGCGCCAAAAAUUUGUUGUGAGAUUUAUAUGUACCACUCGCAAGUGCACGAAUUUUUGUAGAUAGGAUUUACUUGUAAGGGUGUCGUACCCAAGGGACUUGUAUAAAUUAAGUUUGUCAACAGAUUUCUUAAAUUCCAAAUUAACUUGAAAGUAGGAUAAUCGAAUUGUGAUGAUUUAUUCUAAAUUAACUAAGUCGAAAAAUAAAAUAAACUAAAGAACAAUGAUUAAAUAGGAUGUAGAAAAUAGAGAGAGAGGACUAGGGGUAUGACUUCACCACUAACGUCGCACCACCAGUUAAUUGCAUCAAUUUAUUGGAGAUAUAUUAUAUAACAUGCAUAGGGAAUUAAUCAUGGCUACAAGCGCAUAUUAAUUCAGUUAGAAAAUAAUUUAAUUUAAAACUAAGCAUAGACUAUCUUCGAUUGGCAUAAAUCAUCUACCUAACUACUUUACUCUAGGGUGUAUUAAGGUCUAUCUUUUCUAGGCAUAAUCCAUCAAAUCUCUAACAUUAUAUUCAGAGAAAAACCAUUGUGUAAUCAUCUCAUUCACAAUUAUAAGAAGUGAAUGAGUUGUGUUCAAUCACAAGAUUAAAAUAUCUAAGACAAGAUAGAAAAAUAUUUGUAAUUGAAUUAAAACUCUAAAACUGAUUCUUAUUGAAAAGUCAAUUAAAAAUCCUAUAGAUUACACAAUCAUGCAUGAUAAAAAGUGUUUCUCUAAUAAUUAAAUACAAUCAAACCAGUGUGCUAAGCUAGGGCUACAUCACAACCCUAGCAAAGCGUUUAGCCAAGCAUGACUGGAGUGGAAUUCUUCAUGGUCGAGGAAGACAUCUUCACCACCAUGGAUUGAUCCCUUCCUUCUUCUAAAUGCUCCUCUCUAAUCUCAGUCUCAAGCUCCUCUGUAUGAUCCCUCAAUGUUGUAGGGUACUCCCUUUAAAUAAUAAAAGAUUAGCCCUAAAGUUCCUUUUUUCAUAUAGAAGACAUAUAUAGAAAUUCUGUCAAAUAGGGACUCCAAAAUUCGUACAGACUUCCAAGCCAAUUUUGACAAGGUAAACAGCUGUUUUAGGGAAUCCUCAUUAAAUACAAAAUUGUAGCUCUUGGAAUUUCCUUUCAAUCUACGCGGGAAUUUAGCUGUUUUGACACUCAAGGAGAGAGAUACAACCAGAUUACCAAAAAGGGUUCAAGUUACCAAUUUCAGCGAAAGUUUCCUUUUUGGAGAAGGAGUUUUACUUUUUCUUCUUUCCAUUCUCAUCAACUUGUGGCUUCUUUUGCACUAUUUUCUAAGUAUAAUUAGACUUGGAUCUUCAACAUUGCUCGGUCCCACGGAAUGUCAUCCUUUAAAGCUCAGAAUCACUGGUCUUAACUGAUUUUACAAUUAAAGCCCUGAAAUAAAUAAAAAUAAUAAAACAAUGUAAAAUCACAAAUAAAAUAUUGUUAAGAAAAUAAAACAUGCAAGUAAAGGGGCUAAAAUGUAUAACAUUCAACGCCUAACAGAUAACAAGUAGAAAAAUAGUAGGGUAGUAACAAUGCAUUACAUUUACUGUACUUUCACCACUUGUUUAAAUUUUUCACUAAUUUGUCAACGAAAACACAAAACAGAAGUUGUUUUCAGAAAAGAAGAAUUUGUUGUGCUCUUAUAAUCAAUAUAUCAUUGUGUAUUUGGAGGGGUCAGCUGGCCCCUGGCACUUGGGCAAAUAACCCUAAUUUGCUUUGCCGGUUAAUUACCACCGGUCCUCCACCACCCCAUCCCCAAAAAAGAAGCCCAAAUUUAUAUACUCAUAAAAAAUUAGGAGGAGAGAGAUUUCGGGUAGCUCGGGUCAACCCGAAGACAAGUGCUUAUGAUACUUCGAAGCGAAACAGACUACUUGUAUUACACACAGUGACACAGACAUACUCACACUCACACAUGCCUCAAUUCUGGAAACCAGGGUCCGAGAGGCCUCGCCUCCUCGACGACGAAGAAGGCGGCGUUCUUUCCUACACCACCUCUUCCUCCUCAUCAUCUGGAUUUGGCUAUGCAAGCAUAGAGAAGCAGAGGCAGAGACUCCCUGUAUACAAGUACCGAACAGCUAUUCUAUAUCUGGUGGAGACUCACGCAACCACUAUUGGCGAGACCGGUAGUGGCAAAACCACUCAGAUUCCUCAGUACCUCAAAGAAGCAGGUUGGGCUGAUGGUGGACGCGUCAUUGCUUGCACUCAACCAAGACGAUUGGCUGUCCAGGCAGUUGCUUCAAGGGUGGCUGAAGAGAUGGGUGUCAAAUUAGGAGAGGAAGUUGGUUAUACGAUUCGAUUUGAAGAUAUUACAAAUACAGGUGUAACUAGGGUCAAAUUUCUUACAGAAGGGGUGUUACUCAGGGAAAUGAUGGACGAUCCUCUCUUGAGCAAGUAUAGUGUUAUAAUGGUGGAUGAAGCUCAUGAAAGGUCUCUUUCAACAGACAUCUUAUUGGGUCUUCUGAAAAAGAUCCAACGGCGUCGACCUGAGCUGUGUCUCAUUAUCUCAUCCGCUACAAUUGAAGCAAAAUCGAUGGCUGCUUUUUUCCAAACCAGCAAAAGGCGUUUAGGACUGGAAGCUGAGGAGCAUGGACCGAGGACAGAGCCUGCCAUUCUGUCAGUUGAGGGAAGAGGAUUUAAUGUACAACUUUUUUAUGUUGAGGAAUCUGUUCCAGACUAUCUCCAAGCUGCUGUUUCAACAGUACUGUCAAUUCAUGAUCAGGAGCCAAUGGGUGAUAUCCUAGUAUUCUUAACUGGUCAAGAUGAUAUUGAUGCUGCAGUCCAAUUGCUCACAGAAGAAGCUCAAAGUAAUGGAAAGUCUGCUUCAGGAUUGAUUGUUUUGCCACUCUAUUUGGGACUUUCGUGCGCAGAUCAGGACCUUAUUUUUUCUCCUACUCCCAGAGGUAAGAGGAAGGUGGUGAUAUCAACAAAUAUUGCAGAGACCUCUCUGACUUUAGAGGGUAUCGUCUAUGUUGUUGACAGUGGGUUCUCAAAACAGCGGUUCUACAACCUGGUAUUUAUAACAUUGUUUCUUGUAUUUUGUGUGUGUAUUUGUGUGUGUGCUGUUAACAGGAUUGGUGACAAUUCUGGCAUAUGUUCAUUAAUUAUUGGGUACUUAUACCAAUCUCCUCGAGGCUUGGUGCUACAAUACGCAAAUAGAACUUUCCAGUUUACAGGGUCAACCUCUACUUUAGUUGAGUUGGUCUUUUGGAUUUCCCUUGCUGUUAAGACUAUUAAAGCCUUUUUUUUUUUUUUUUUUUUUAAAUGUUAGAAAUGUGAUUCCUUCUGUGAAAAGACUGAAACUGCCUUGUUUAUGUAUGUAUAGACUGCUUUUCCCAUUUACUAAGAUUCUCAAGAGAAUAGAAAUACUCAUAAUGGAAAUUGCAAUUUUUUUAUAUU